AGACUGGGUUACUAUGAAAUGUUGCUGUGGUUAAAAGAUAAUAAUGAAGAAAAGAUUCAAGGUAUUUGUGACUAUAUUGCAGAGAAUGAUGAAGACACAUCUGAUAUAUGAGAAAGUUAUUUAUUAGUGUGAAAGUGAACGGAUGAAGGAGAUUUUGAAGCUGUUGGAAAUCAUAGACAUAAAAAACCUUUCAUCUGCUGAAUCUGUAGCAAAGGUAUUUCAAGCAUUAGGAAGAUUACUAUUGGAACCUCUUGCGGAGAAGUUCCUUUUAGACUUCAAAACAAGUGAUCAUGAAGCAGAUAAUAUUACAAACUUCAUUGCUAGUUAUGCUGUUAGCAUUCCAGAUUUAUCGAUAAGAAAUAUCUCACAAAUGGUGCUGAUAAUUUCUGUUGAGGAUGUCAUAAAAAAAUUCAAAGAUUUGCACCAAAGACUAGAAGUUUCACCUUCAUCCUCCUCAUACGAGAAGCUCAUUUUACAUAGCUGUGCAUUGCUCGAGGUACAUGUAGCGCUUGAUAUUGUUGAUGAAAUGUGUGAAGCAGGCUUGACUCUAUCAACCAAGGCGUUACACUCAAUUUUACAAAUUUGUGAUGAUACAUCUGAAUAUAAUUUGGUCCAUCGAAUCUUCUCAACCAUACGUCACUACAAUUUGGAAUCAGAUGAUGAAACAUUCAGAUCUAUGAUAGACUUUUUCUUGAAGAUGAAAGAUAUUGAAGGUGCAUAUAAGAUGCUUGAUGAUUUGGAGGAAUUAAAUUUGAAGCUGACCCCAGGGAUGUACAAUGCUAUAAUGGCAGAAUGUUUUCAAGAGAAAAACAUUAGUGAUGGGGUGAGGGUUCUUGAGCACAUGCAAUGUGCUGAUGUAAAGCCUGAUUCACAGACUUUCAGCUGCCUGAUCAGCAACUCCGAAACUAAAGAGGAUAUAGCAAAGUAUUAUGAAGAACUGAAGCAAUCUGGAAUCGUAGCUACCAAGCAAAUUUUCAUGGCACUUAUAAAUGCUUAUGCUGCUUGCGGACAGUUGGAGAAAGCAAAAAAGGUAAUCUUAGAUCCAUUGAUACCACCGAAGAGCUUGAAUCAAAUCAAGGGUUUUCUUGUCUCAGUACUUGCAUCACAUGGGCAAUUGUCUGGGGCUCUAGUUAUUUAUGACAAAAUCAAACAAUCUGGACACAAGCUGGAGGCAAAAGAAAUUACGAGUCUCAUUGAGCACACUCAUUCCGAGGGUGAGUUGGAUAGGUUGCUUCUGCUACUUGAGGAAUUGGAUGAUACAGACUAUUGGAAUGAUGCUUGCUGCAGAAUCAUCUUGUAUUGUAUUUGGAAUAAGCAUUUAAGUUCUGCUGUCGAAUUGUGUAAUCUGCUCAUGGAUAAGUUCCAAAGUGAUGAGCAAGUUAUGGAAUUUCUCUUUGAUAAGGUAUUUUCUCUGAUUGAAGAGUCAAGUCAUUUGCACACUUUCCUCGAGUUGCUUUCGGAAAUCAAGGAUAAGCUUGGGCUUCUGCCUUCACAGAAACGUCAUGAUUCUCUGCUACGUGUUACUGCCACUGAUUUGCAUGAUUCUGAUUUCUGAAUGAGGCUCCUUAAUAAGACGGCUUUGUAUAGUGCGUUUCAUCAAGUUUGCUCUACAAAUUUUUCAGCCACCAUUUUUUUAUGAAUCAUACCUACCAAGUUCCUAUAUAACCAUUUCUGCUUCCGCAACAUUUUCAGAAUUGCCCUGACAAUGUUGCUAACAAGGAAAAAGGGAAUAUAAUAUUUACUCAAUGAUUAUAAAUAUUUAUGCAACAA